AUGGUGGGCGCGCGGCGGGCGAGCGGGAGGGUGGCCCCGGCCGAGGGCUCGCGCGCGGGAGGGCGAGUCGGGUGCGCUCAGGGUCGGCGCCUGGCCCCGCUCGCCGCCUCGCUGGCCGCAGCUGGCUGCCCGGGGAUCAACCGCCGCCUCAUCCCGUGCCCGCUCUUGUUUAUGCUCAGGAGCCGGGACGCCCUGCGCGCCGGCGCGGCCCCGCCUCCUCGGCGCACGGCCUCUCAGGGCGCAGGCGUAUUGCGAAGGUUCAUGAACCACCGAGUCCCCGCCCACAAGAGGUACCAGCCCACCGAGUACGAACAUGCAGCCAACUGUGCCACCCAUGCUCUCUGGAUCAUUCCCAGCAUCCUCGGCAGCUCCAACCUCUACUUCCUGUCGGAUGAUGACUGGGAGACCAUCUCUGCCUGGAUCUACGGCCUCGGCCUCUGUGGGCUGUUCGUGGUGUCCACUGUGUUCCACACGAUCUCCUGGAAGAAGAGACACCUCAGGAUGGUGGAACGUUGCCUGCACAUGUUCGACCGCAUGGUCAUCUACUUCUUCAUAGCGGCCUCCUACGCGCCCUGGUUGAACCUUCGGGAGCUGGGCCCCUGGGCCUCGCAUAUGCGUUGGCUGGUCUGGAUCAUGGCCUCUGUGGGCACCGUCUAUGUCUUCUUCUUCCAUGAGCGGUACAAGCUCGUGGAGCUGCUCUGCUAUGUUAUCAUGGGCUUCUUCCCCGCCCUGGUCAUCCUCUCAAUGCCCAACACCGAGGGCAUUUGGGAGCUGAUGACCGGAGGGGUCUUCUACUGCUUGGGCAUGGUGUUCUUCAAGAGUGACGGGAGGAUCCCCUUUGCCCACGCCAUCUGGCAUCUCUUUGUGGCAUUUGGUGCUGGCACCCACUACUAUGCCAUCUGGAGGUACCUCUAUCUGCCCAGCACCCUGCAGACCAAGGUGUCCAAAUGA